AUGGAUGAAGUUGAUGGGGAUGUUGAUAGGGAUGGUGAGAGUGACGUUGAUAGUGAUGUUGACAGUUAUCUUGAUAGUGAAGUUGAUGUGAUGUCGAUAAUGAAGUUAAUAGUGAAGUUGAUAGUAAUGUCCUCCUCCUCCUCCUCCUCCUCCUCCUCCUCCUCCUCCUCCUCCUCCUCCUCCUCCUCCUCCUCCUCCUCCUCCUCCUCCUCCUCCUCCUCCUCCUCCUCCUCCUCCUCCUCCUCCUCCUCCUCCUCCUCCUCCUCCUCCUCCUCCUCCUCCUCCUCCUCCUCCUCCUCCUCCUCCUCCUCCUCCUCCUCCUCCUCCUCCUCCUCCUCCUCCUCCUCCUCCUCCUCCUCCUCCUCCUCCUCCUCCUCCUCCUCCUCCUCCUCCUCCUCCUCCUCCUCCUCCUCCUCCUCCUCCUCCUCCUCCUCCUCCUCCUCCUCCUCCUCCUCCUCCUCCUCCUCCUCCUCCUCCUCCUCCUCCUCCUCCUCCUCCUCCUCCUCCUCCUCCUCCUCCUCCUCCUCCUCCUCCUCCUCCUCCUCCUCCUCCUCCUCCUCCUCCUCCUCCUCCUCCUCCUCCUCCUCCUCCUCCUCCUCCUCCUCCUCCUCCUCCUCCUCCUCCUCCUCCUCCUCCUCCUCCUCCUCCUCCUCCUCCUCCUCCUCCUCCUCCUCCUCCUCCUCCUCCUCCUCCUCCUCCUCCUCCUCCUCCUCCUCCUCCUCCUCCUCCUCCUCCUCCUCCUCCUCCUCCUCCUCCUCCUCCUCCUCCUCCUCCUCCUCCUCCUCCUCCAAUUUAGUGUCCGAAGAGCACUUUGAUAGUCCCGAAAACUACCUCCAGAGCCCGUUGCAAGGAGUAUACCUGCCAGCUCCGUUGUGUAGUACUGGCCCGAAUUUGUACUCUCCUAUUAUCUUGUUGUAUGGAAUAUCUACCACCAGCAUGAGGAACAUUGAACAGCAUAGGGCUGAAAAACUUUUCCCAGUGGUAGUUCCAAGAUCUCAGUCCCCGAACAAGAUAAUUCUAAUCCAGCUAACUGCUAAGAUCGAUUUACAGAAUAUAUUUUUAAAUGUGAGCUCUGGAGCUCCAGCCAUGGACCUACCGAGCAUAUUCUUGUGCAUCGGAUCAUCUGCAUUAAUCCGGUGGUGGAAAAUGUACCUACAAGUUCAUCUUACAACGUUGAAGCUUAGAAAUCAGCAACGAGAAGACUUGGACAGAUCUUGCAACACAACCUCUCAGCUAUGUGUUCAAUAA